AUGUUACUACUGAAUCCAACGAGAAGCCGGACUUGUACCAUUGUCCAAAACAAACACAAACCCAAACACAAAUUCCUUCCUAGCGAGACCCCCGGGUGCAUCCGUCAGAAGCAUGACCGCUGGCCGCAUGCACAUCACGUCCUCACACGCUGGCCUGCCCGUCCUGGGUUCAGUCCGUACGACGUACUGGAGCAGCCCAGGGACGGCCCCUACAGCAAGCGGCGAUUUUACGAACUGGUCAUGGUUUAUCAUCCCGACCGCUGGGUCCACGGCACGUACCACGGCAUCCCCAAGCAGACGAGGGUCGAGCGGUACCGCCUCAUCCUAGCCGCCAAUGCGAUCCUCUCGGACCCCGUCCGGCGGAGGGCCUAUGAUGAGUACGGUGUGGGCUGGGCGCCAGGCGGAACUGACUUGUCACGGAGGAGUCCGGGCCAGCCCUGGAAGGGUGGCAAUGGCGGGAAUGAUGGCAACAGCAGAAAUGCAAAGGGCCAGCGAGAUGAGCAAUAUCCGUCUGGGGGUGACAGCUGCCAUUGGGAAGGCCAGCCCCGUGGUAGUCAGCAACGGCCUAUUUUCAUGGACAACAGUAGCUUCGCAGCCAUGUUGCUGUGGUUGGCAUCUUCACUGAGCUACUUGUUGUGGUCUGUUGCAUCUUGUAGAGCGGAGAGUAACGUUGCGUACCCCCUGUUCGGCACCCCCCCCUGUUCGGCACCCUGA